CAAGGGAUUCGCAUUAGCUAUACAGAUGCUAUGAGCUAGUAAAAAAGAAAGCCUUUCCUCCGCAUCGUAUCAUGGAGCGUCCCCCUCAUCACUGUCGGCAUCCUCGGUAUUGGUUUCUCCCUCCCUUUCCUUUUCUCUUUGUUGUACAAUAGAAGCUACAUUUCCUUCAACAUCCUCCGUCUCAUCCCCCCCCCUGCUCUGGCCAAUUCUCUUCUGCCGCGCUUCCUCUAUCCGAGCUCGAAUAAUCUUCGCAAUCGCAAUGUCCGUCUUCUGGUUCAACUUCUCCAGCUUUUUAUCCACGUCCCUCUUCAAGUCCCAAUUCGGUUUCUUCGGCUGGAGAUUGAAUAGAUCGAUUGGCUUGUCGUUCUUUUCGUCCUCCAUUUGCAAAGCCUUCGUAGUCUCGACUAUCUUCAUUGCUGCACCCUCCAGGGUCUCCUGUCCUUCAUUGGGCGCCGACACAAACCCCAUUUUCGGUGCCCGUGACUCGAUGUCAUAAUUCCGGCCCGAGAGGUGAACAUUCGUAUCCUUUUCCGGGUUUUCCGGAUCGUCCGUUGUCAUCGAGACUUCUUGUGGCGGCGAGGGGUCUAUCAGGGGUUGUUUACGCUUUAGAGACUUCAGCUGGGCGAGGCGUUCCUUGCGGGCGGCGGACUGGGCGUCUAGGGAAGUUAUUGAUGACAUGACGAUGGUAGAAAAUAGGGAAGGGCCGAAUUAUUUCGCUUUUUUCUCGUCUCCGAAUUGUAAGAAGGUGAUAAAGGUUUUCUCUCUUUUCCUUUUUUCUUUCCUUCCUUUCCUUCCCUCCGUUAGGAGCUGUUGGGUGUAGUAUGAAUUUGUAAGGCAAACGUAUCGGAACUCUGGAUACGCGAUUCGAGGUGCUGAGUUUCAGUCGCGUCUUCCCGACAUGGGUUGAUGGGUAGGGCGGUCGGAAGCCGGGUAACUUUAAGCCGGGGUCGUUAUCAUGCUGCAGUGCGUGAGAGGUGGGGCACGGGUGUCUUUGCUUCUGGAAGAUCAUACCAUAGUACAGUACGGUACCGGUACCGGGUAUCUUGGUAGUCGUAGUAUCGCGGGCAGACUGCAAUACUCACCGUAAGGCGUUGCAAUUGUGACGGUAUGAUGCGAGCAUAUCCACCAGCAGGUCCGAUUGAAGCACGGAUAUCACAGCCUCAAAGUCCAUGCCGCUGGAUUGUCGGAUGAGGCGGUCAGGGGCAAUCGAUCUGUAUUACUGCACGCUGGUACGUCUUAAAGUUACCGCCUUCCAUCGUUGUUUAACCACGCUUGGUCUCCGGGAUAGAGGGGGGGCGGGUGGUGAUGUUUGCUUUUUGAGUAUCGUAGCUAGCUCUUUGUUCUAAACCAUCGCUAACAAUUUUCACUCGAGUAUUCACAGGGAAACAACAUUCUGCUACACUAGCUUCCUGAGUCAGUCGACUGGGGCAAGGUAGAAGGGUCCGGCUAUCAGUACGACUGCCUGCAGGCUCUUGGCACUCCACAUUCAAAGCCUGGAGAGAGGGGGGAAAAGAAAGGGCCUCGGCAUCUCGGUCCAAAAAUCUAUCAUUUGCACCCCGGUGGUUCCUUAACGAGGCCACCCUCAAAUGUCGCAGUGUUUCCUUUACCGCAUUUCUUCGCCCAACAGAAAGCCCAUACAAACUCUUUCAUUCCUUGCACCGGCUGUGCCAAUCGACCUGGCCACCACUGGUAUUUCCGGACGACAUUUCUCAUCUCGAGGUGAGCAAGAUCCUCAACAAUUAUCUCCAACGCUCAGUUCAGGUUGAUCAAGGAUUACACUUGCUAACUCAUGGCUUCUAGAAUCCGCCACCUUCGUUCCCUCGCCCGGCCGAGCGAAUUGUUUUUUGAGGGCAAAUAUACGGAAACAGCAUCGGCCACGGAUCGAUACUGGACCGGGCCUACGGGGAUUUGGCAUUGGGCUAUUUAGGCGGAAUAGCUCGGAGACGGAGAAACUGAAGGGAUCAAAGUCCUGGAGCGGCGGGCAAGCGGAUCUGAGCCUUCGAUGGCGUCUAAUGUCUUCUGUAUCCCGUCUCUUGCACAACCACAGCCAGGGGCAACCGCAGAAGUUCCUGAGACUUGUUGCCGUCGAAGGGAGGGGUGUAGAGGCGAUAGAGAGGGUGUGGGGAAAGCUGCCGGAGGGUGAUAAACUCAGUUUUGUCACUAGCAUUGGGGCCUUCCUCGAAGAGCACUCGUACUGGAACAUGCUGAAUAGACUUAUGCAGUGGUAUUGCACGGAGACUCGUCGGCCCGGGGAUCUGCUCAAGAUUUGUGAUUACUUCAAUGCCCUUGUUGCGGCCAAAAUUCCUACAAGGGGGGCGGAGGAGGGCAUAAAGGUAUCCCGGCAUGAGCGCCGGAGGAGGGCAGACAAGCUUAUUGCCAUGCUGCGCUGCAUAAUCUGCGGGAGCAAUUUCAAAGGCCGGUCUUGUAUUGCGCAAUCGUCCCUGCACAAGCUUGUCCUCAAUGCCUCCCUCGAUGUACUUGUGGGACUCUAUGGUGAACUGCGGAAAUCGGAGCACCAAGUAGGAAGAUACACGACUCUGCACUUUGUCAGUCGCCUAUCGGAUCUCCAAACUUGGGAUGAGGCCUUCUCGAUUCUGAGAACCUUUGAUCCCGGCAAAGGAUUGGAUCUGAUGGCAGCAAAGGCCUGGUAUGUUUUCCAAAAAAUGUUCUACCAGGCAACGUAUAUAGGACAAGAAGAGUCCAACGGAGUCAUCCAGAAGAUGCUAGCAUGUAAUAUCACCCCCGCCACCGAGACGUACAAUAUCUUAAUGAGCAAGGCUGUCCGCGAGGGCAAUGAGGAUACGAUGAAGGAAGCGUUUCAGGAGAUGCUCCAGGCCGGUCUCAGUCCUUCCAUGGUCACAUAUGGGAUACUGCACAAGCAUUACAAGCAAGUCGGGAAACGGGAGGAGCAGAUCAUGGUCAUUCGUGACGCACUGAUGUUGGAUAAGAGACUGAGCGUGAUAUUGGCCUCUGACAUCCUGCACGCCAAAGUUCUUGCCAACUCUUCCUACGCGGAGGUCUACAUCCAGUUCACCAGGUUGUUUAGGCCGGGUGCAUUGGCGGCGCUCGGCCUUACUCCGGCGACGAGGUACCCGAUGCUGGAAAAACUGGAGCCAAAUCACUACACAAUAGCCAUCAUGAUGUAUGCCUUCUGCCGGGAGGAUAGGGGCUUGCGGGUAGCAUGGAAGAUGUACCGUGAGUACCAGAGAGUGCUGAGAGAGACUACCAACCCUUAUAGAGAGGUGAUCAUUAAAGCUGACAGCUUCAUACCGAAUUCCUUCAUGAUGGCGUUCGGAGCCCAUCAAGGGGGGCUGCACUAUGCUGCCUCCGUGAUGGAGGAGAUGCUGCAAGUGCAAUCUCCGAUCAAACCGGGGGUAGUCUCGUGGUCGAUACUACUACAGAUCCUGGUGAAGCGGGGCGAUAUGGCAGAGGCAGAGCGGGUCAUUGACCUGAUGAGAUCAAAGGGGGUGUGGCCGAACGCGGUCACUUGGACCACUCUGCUGAAUGGGUAUUUGACCAGGAUUAAUCUCUACAAGAUGGGCCAGAUCAUUGCGCGGAUGUCACAGAUGUAUUUGCAGCCGGACCGGGCCACGAUCGAUAGGCUGACGACGUACCUAAACUCCCAGGAGUUGCUUGGCGGGAUAAGGUCCAUUGAGAAGCCAGAAGAGACGACACGGCAGGAUGGAGGUGAUUAAAAUUGUAGAUUUUUUUAUUCCCACCUUUUCCCCCUACCCCUAGAUUUCUAGAUUUAUUUAUUCUUGGAUUGUGUUGUACUUGGGCUAUGUACUCUACUUGUUAUUAUAGACCAGUGUCCGGCUCUUUCGUGCUUUCUUCACUCCCCUGCAUUUUCAUACUCUCCUGUACAUGUAUUCUCCCAUCUACAAAAGUACCGUAACACUAGACUAUUAGACAGCGCCCUUAGAACACACCCAGACAAACCACACCACACACGUACUGCGCCGUACAGUAUGGCGCGAACAAGCUAUCGCAUCCCACGAAAAAGGAGACG